AGUUCGUGGCUAGGUUUUGGGCUGCAGUCUCGGUCUGAAGGCGGCCGGAGCGGCUGUCUCAAUUAAGAUGAGGCUCUUGCUGCUUCUGCUGGUGGCGGCGUCGGCGGUGGUCCGCAGCGAGGCCUCUGCCAACCUGGGCGGCGUGCCCAGCAAGAGAUUAAAGAUGCAGUACGCCACGGGGCCGCUGCUCAAGUUUCAGAUUUGUGUAUCCUGAGGGUACAGGCGGGUGUUUGAGGAGUACAUGCGGGUUAUUAGCCAGCGGUAUCCAGACAUCCGCAUUGAGGGGGAGAAUUAUCUCCCUCAACCAAUUUAUAGACACAUAGCAUCUUUCCUGUCAGUCUUCAAACUAGUAUUAAUAGGCUUAAUAAUUGUUGGCAAAGAUCCUUUUGCUUUUUUCGGCAUGCAAGCUCCUAGCAUCUGGCAGUGGGGCCAAGAAAAUAAGGUUUAUGCAUGUAUGAUGGUCUUCUUCUUGAGCAACAUGAUUGAGAACCAGUGUAUGUCAACAGGUGCAUUUGAGAUAACUUUAAAUGAUGUACCGGUAUGGUCUAAGCUGGAAUCUGGACAUCUUCCAUCCAUGCAACAACUUGUUCAAAUUCUUGACAAUGAAAUGAAACUCAAUGUGCAUAUGGAUUCAAUCCCACAUCAUCGAUCAUAGCCCUACCUAUCAGCACUGAAAACUCUUUUACACUAAGGGAUUUUGCAAGAGCAGCGUGACUGACAUUAUGAAGGCCUGUACUGAAGACAGCAAGCUGUUAGUACAGACCAGAUGUUUCUUGGCAGGCUCGUUGUACCUCUUGGAAAACCUCAGUGCAAGACAGUUUUCCAUGCUGGCACGUGCUGAACUCUGCACACACAUGCAGUGCAGUGAUACUGUGUAGCUUCCCCGAGCCCACUGUUAAUAGUUUCUUCUUGACAUGGCAUUACUACUUGUAAUUCUUUUCUUGGUCAUGUUUAAGAAAGUACAGAAUUGAGUUGCAACUUGAGUUUUUUUCAACAUGUGUGUUAAGUCGGUUGUGUUUUUAUAUGAAUUUUCAUUUUUUUUAAUAGUUAAGCAUCAGCUUUCAUGGGGCAACACCUGAAGUUCCCAAAUAAUUUUUAAGAGUUUCUCAGAUAGCUCUAAUUGGCCAUGUUUAAUACAUAGUUUUAAAAACACUGCAGAUUGUGAACAGUAAAAAUUAUACAGGAUUAUGGGAGAAAAUCCAAUGUCCAAAAUACUCUACCAAGUUGUGUGUGUGUUGCCUAGUAAGUGUGAUAUAUAUGUAUGUGUGAGUGAGUGUGUGUGUGUGUGUGUGUGUGUGUAUGUGUGUGUGUGUGUGUGUGAGAGAGAGAGGGGUGGGGGAGAGAGAGAGAUUAUCAAGAACAGCAAAACCAACUGCUUUAAAAAUCCUAUUGUUCAAAUUGUCUUGACCAAUCUAAUAAAUUAAUUAACGGGCCCUUUAUACUAAACUAAUUUUAGAAAAACUGAGGAGAUGUUAAAUGAAAAAGUUUAUUGUUCAGUGUAUCUGUUAGCAUUAUUUUUAAUAACCAUCUGCCUAAUUUUUUUGUUUUUGACUUACAGAUAAUCUCAUAAAGGACAUACUUUAGAUUCACACAUAAGUAAUGAGCUAAUUUACUGUUUUUAGAACAGUUGAAACUCACCUCACUAAAGAACAAUUCAGUGAAACCUCUUUACAAAGUAUGUAUUAUGUAAACGGAGAUCAUUUGUCUAGUAAUUGAAUUAUCUUAACAUCAUAUAUCAGAAUUUUAUUGUAUUUGAAAGACAAAAUUAAAAAUAUUUUUAAUGUUUUCAUAUUGUUCCAGAGUUCUAAAAAGAAACUUAGGGUUGAUAAAGACAGUAAGAAUGAUUUUGCAGAAAUAGAGAAUAAUUUUGAAUAGCAGUUACAUAGCAGCUGUGGCAACAGAAAGACGUUAGGUGGAAGAACCAAACAUAGCCUGGACCUGUGAGUGGGAGUUAGGAGCCCACGGGAAGGAGAUGCAGGGGGUGAUGGUGUUGAUGCCACCUGACUCUUAGAUGUUGAGAACAGCUUGACUCCUGGACGUACACUGAGUGCACUCAGGCAAUGCCUCUUACAGCCUAAAGUGGAAUCUACUGUGGUCCUCGGAUAGCAGGAAGUUAGUCCAGUGAUUAACAGAAGAAAACAGAUGGAAUAUUACCCUUUUGGUCAGGAUUAUAGCACUGCUAGCCUAGGUUCUUUUGGUGAUAGACAUUGUAAUUUAACCGAAGUUCCAUAUAUAUGUAUAUAUUGACUAAGUCUUAAAACCUUGCUAAUAUGGUUGCCUACCACUUCAGACUCCACACCUUGCAGAGUUUAACAUCAGAGGGGCCUUUCUUCAAGUAAUGGACAUUCCAUGUGUGAUGCAGUUAGCUUUAUGGCACAUAGACAUUCAUAAUUUGAGCCAUGGAUGUUCAUGUGUACUUGACAGGUCAAACUAUGAAGAACCCAAUGUCAAAUCCAACUUUGUCCAUGUUUGCCUUAGGGUUGAGUUUGUCUCUAAGUUAAUAGCUUUUACUGGCUUAGACAUUCACACUCAUCUCUUUUAUUUUAUGCUUAGUCAUAUUUAAAUCCAGAAUGUAAUAGUCUACUAGACAGAUAAAUGAGAUGCAUGAAUAUAAAAAUAUAUAAGGAAAAGGAGAAGGUAAACUAUUUAUAACUAUUAUAUUACUAACAUUUCAAAAUGUAUUAAUUGCUUAUAAACUGUAUAAUUACAACAUGUCUAUGCUCUAUUAACCAGAAGGCCGAGGACGUAUCAACAGGCUGGCUACUGUACUGGAGUGUUCAGCACAGUUGCCAUUGUGGAAGGUUUUUGCACAGUUAAAACAUUGGUAAAACAUGGCUUUAACCCUCAGCGUGUCAGAUAUGAGUGACUUUGGCUGUAGACUAGCAUUAGUGAUGGUUGCUCAGCCUGAAGAGCUGUGAAAUGGGGUGAGAUCAGUCAUGGUUCAUUCUUACUUCAAAGGUUUAAUAGUUUGGAAUUUUGAUUGACUUGGCACGUUCUAUCAUUGUCAUAACUUAAAUAAUUCAGUUAAAAAUUUUUUAAACAUGAUUUGAUAUUCUAGGGCUUUUCUUUUUUAAAAAAUGAGAAGCAGGUAAAGAAUUGUAAAGAUUUGGGACUUCUCUGUGGCAUUGUGAAAAUAAAUAAGCCAAUGUGAAAGGAA